GUUGAAUUGACAUUAACAAAAGAAGAGGAUGUGUGUCAAAGACUGAAUGGAAAUCUGUCAGCUCAUUUUUCUUCAGAAUACAACUUUUCACAGUCGACCAAAAUGGCUGCUGCUGUCCGCACGCUAUUGCUGCUGGCGGUGACGGCCAUCUGCAGCGGGACUCUGGUCGUGGUGAACUCGGGCGUGAAGGUCACCAGAGGUCGAUCAGUGUUUAUCACAGAGAUGGAGCUGAGGAUCAAUGUUGGUCCGACUGCAGACUGUAAGGUGGAGGUGGUGAUGAACGAACCAAUCACUCAGAGGGUGGGGAAGCUGACGCCACAGGUGUUUGACUGCAGCUUUCUAGAGGACGAGGUGAAGUACUGCCACAAUGGAAGUCCUCUACUGGACCAGGACACAGUGAUGCUGAGAAUCUACAGGUUCACGUCCUCUGACACGCUGGUGGAGACCGUGGUUCUGACGGUGCAGGUGGCAGACUCUGGAUCUGGUGUUGUGGAGCUCGGUUGCACUCCGCUGGUGGUUCCUGUGUUCUACGGUUUAUCCAACUCCAUCGAUGGGUCUGUCUUAAACAUCCGGAGCUCUGCAGACUUGGUGUGCACCGUCAGGCUGAUGAGCGACACCAGCACCCCAACUCUGGGUCAGCUGGUGAGGAAGGAGGACUCCACCCAGAGGAAAGGCAGAGAGACAGCUUCACUCUGUCAGGGAAACCAACCCUGUCUCCAUGACACCAAGGAGGUUGGUUUUCUGAAAACAAGCUGUCAGGACUUCCUGAGCUCCGGCCUGAAGUACCAGCACCUCAGCCCUCCGUCACCAGAGAUCGACUACAUCCCCAUCAGGGUGGAGCUGAGGGAGAAGGGGAGCAGGGCUCUGCUGGAGGCAGAAUCGGUGUGGUUACCAGUUCUGAUCCACGGUGCCAAGCAGAACCAGCCACCUCAAGCCGUCUUCAUGGCCUCAUUCAUCCUGGAAGUGGACCAAUUCAUCCUCACCCCGCUCACCACGGCCUCUCUGGAUGCUAAAGAUCCUGAGACCCCGCAGGAGAGGCUGGUCUUUAACAUAACCACCCCCCCCGCCGAGGGCUAUGUCACCCAUAUGGAUGACCAUACAAAGCCUGUCACGUCCUUCACCUGGCUGGACCUACACGAGAUGAAGGUUGCAUACCAGCCGCCCAACAGCAGCCAAUCACAACGCAGGAACCACGAGGUGGAAUUUCAUGUAAUAGACGGGUCCUACAUCACCAGCCCGCCCUUCGUGGUCCAUAUUUCCAUCAGGGGGGCUGAAACAAACGCACCCAGAGUCUCCUGGAACAUGGGUUUGAACCUGCUGGAGGGUCAGUCCAGACCGGUCACCUGGGACGAGCUGCAGAUAGUAGACAACGACAACAUCAAUGCAGUGUACCUGGUGGCUGUUGACGGACCGCUACAUGGACGCCUUAGUGUCAGAGGUGAGGUCAAAGGUCACUAGUGAGCUUGACUUUUACAUUUGAAUGACAACAUAC